AUGCUCACAGCUUACACCACCCUUGAACGUCAGUCCAUCACCGACAACUCCUCCGAGGCGAGGCUCUACACCUUCUCUGAUGAGACCAAGACAAAACUACGCAAGUUUCGCCUGGGAACAAGUCGCGCCAACGACCCACAAGCAGUCAUCUACGAAAUCGAUAAGAAGACGCUCGAGGACUCCGGUCGCUUAUCAGUGCCAUACGUCAUGCUCUACUAUCUCCCGAUAACGUGCAACAGCGAGGUCAAGAUGCUCUACGCCGGCGCAAAGGAGCUCAUGCGUAACACAAGCGAGGUGGGAAGGAUCAUUGAGAUCGACAGCGCGGAGGAUUUGGAAGAGAUUGAGAAGUUGUUGAAGGAUCACGUAUAG